CCCAGUGUUCAAAGUGCAUACUGUCAACAGCAGAGUGGCUGUUGGGAUUGAUGAAAUUAGAGCAUCAGUUAUCAUGUUGCCUAUAAAAAUGUUUCGAAUAUGGGUCUGUUUGCCAUUUAAAACAUGAAAACCAAGUAAACGGUCUUGUACAGUAAACUUUCAAGAUGGAGACCGUCCUGCUAGACGACCACAUAAGCUUAUUGAAGCGAAUUCUUCCAUUAGUCGAUACUGAGCUACUGGGAUUUUCUCUCUGAUAGACACAUGUUUUUGGAAAAUGAAAGUAGAAAUGCUUUGAUAUUAAAUCUGUGUUAAUUUAUUUUGUGAACUAUAUGGAGUUGUUUGACCCACUUGACAUGUUAGUUGUAGCAUUCUAGGGGCCGAGAUCGACAUGUGUGUAUGCUAUAGAAGGUACACAAUGUGUUAACCAACCUUUAUAGUCUAGCUAGGCCUAGUUGUCAACUUGUUUCCUAAAGGUGGUAGCAACAAAUUCACAGACGGAAGAAUGAAUGGAUACUGUUUUAUGCGUAUAAUACAGGAACUUAAUACUAUAAUGGCUUCCACUGUUGAAAGACUUUUUUUACAUAGAAAAAUACAGUAUACAGUAUUUGUUUGGGAUAUCAUCGUUAUGUCGGAUGACAAUUCAUAUAAGAAUAGUGAUUAUUGUGUAAUGGAUGCAAACACGUUUUAUUUUAUUUCUUCAAUUUUGGCUGUAAAGUUUAUUUUGAGUUCUCAUCAUGCAAGUAGCUAAAUGUAAAUGAUUUAUAAAUAAAAAAAAAAAAAUUAAACAAAAGAGGGUAACUAUGUUUGCAAAAACUUACUUUUUCCUAAUGUUCAACAGGUUGUUAUACUUUGUACUGUGAUUCCAUUAUUGGAUUAUAUAACGACAAAUCAUAUCUGUAUAGCCUAUAAAAUAUUUUUUAUGAUUAAUGAAAUAAUUAACCUACAUGUGUAGCUUAGGUUAUUUGCAACACUUACUUACAGCUUCCAAUUGGAAAAGAUAUUGUUAAAAACAAUAUGUAGGAUUAUCCAUCAUUAUAAGAUACGUUAACAUAUUAAAAUUUUGGUGAACCCCCAAAAUGAGUUUGUUGGUAGGUAAUUGUUUACGUUAAAAAUCGAUCAAUAUUUAUAUUGCACACACAUGAAUAAUUUUGUCAUAAAAGCAAAAACUGGCAACUUUUAGGUCAUCUGACCCAAAGGGUUUGAAUGACCUAUAGCCAUCAUGCUUUGUCCAUCGUCAUCUGCCAUGUAAAAACUUUUCACAUUUCAAACUUCUCAAAUUACACUGAUAGGAUUGAGCUCAAACUUGCCAGAAAUGAUCGAUCCAGAGAUGGUCCUGAUGACUGCCAUACUAUAGCUGGGCCACCAUCUUGAAAAACACAUUUUAAACUUCUUAUCCAGUUUCACUGGUGCCAUUAAGCUGGAUAUUGGCAGGGGUAUUAAAGAAAGGAAGCUGACAAAGUGUUAUGUUGUUAUCUUUUUUACCUUAUUAAAACUUUGACAUGGUAGCCACGUGCACGGUGCCAUUUUGUAACAUGAUUGUGCAAUCAUGAUUUUCUUGCAAUUGAGCAACAUUACUAUUUCUUUUCACAUUGGAAUGAGUGGGAUUUAGCUCUAACUUUCCUGAGAUGGUCCUGACCGAGUGUUGUUAUUUUUCAGAAAAAUGUUUCACCAUUGACCAUGAUGUUGCCGCCCAGCUGAGAUGGAUAGUAUUGUUAUAGAGGGGAUUGGCCAUGUUGGGGAUGUCCCUGGCCAGAUCACCGAGGACGACCCCCCAGACCAUCCAGAACCUAACAUUCUGGAAGACGAAUCAGAUGACCACCAACUGUGUGAAGUUAAUCAGGAAAUUAAGGUUGAACCCAAUGUAGACAAUUCAGGGAUUGGUGAUUCCAUUGUAGUUGACCCUAAUGUGGGCAUUCAUAACGACAUGCACGAAGGGGAGGUAAUUGGACUUCUGCUUCAAAGUCAUGGGAUUGAGGAGGACCUAGUACACGACAUUGACACCCAACAGUUGGGCGUGACGGUAUCAAUACCUGACCAGGGUUUGAUCCCUGCUGAUACUACUGCCCAGACAGUUCAGGCUGUUACAUUGGCUGAUGGGACCACAGCCUUUAUUCAGCAUCCUAAAGGGAGAAAGUUUCUAGAGGGUCAGACUAUAACACUUGAGGAUGGAAGUACAGCUGUGGUACAGGGGCUGAGUCAAGUGUCAAACUUACCCAGCCAGAUUGAAUCCGGGCCAGACAGUAUGGCAGAUGAGGUUGACCUGAAGGAUAUACAGCAGCUUCAGGCCCAGCAGAUGACCCUUGUAGAUGGUACACACAUUGUGGAUGGUCAGACACUGGCUGAAAGCCACGCUCAUAUGACUGAUGGCCAGCCUGUCCAGUUAGAGGAUGGGACGACAGCUUAUUUACAUACAACCCCAAAAGAGGGAUUACAAGCCAUACAAUUGGAGGAUGGUACUACAGCCUACAUCUCCCACCCAACACCCGAGGCUCUGUUUGGGGACGCUGCUAACCUUGACUCUGCCCCUCUUACUCUGGAGCAGCUUACUACUCAGGUAUCAGCAGAACAGCUGAAGACAUGUACAGAUAUGGUACAUGCAUCUGAAGCAAAAACUGUCAGUGUGGCUAAUGGAGUUGGAGGAGUGGUCAACAGCAUAACUGUGAUUGCCGCAGGUCUAACUGGAGAUGGCAAACCAAUCAAUAUUGGUGAGAAAGCAUACAAGUGUAGCUUUGAAGGAUGUGGUCGUCUCUAUACCACCCAUCAUCAUCUCAAGGUCCAUGAGAGAUCUCAUACAGGAGACAGGCCAUUUAAAUGUGAGUUUCCUGCCUGUACGAAAGCCUUUGCCACAGGCUAUGGCCUAAAGAGUCACACACGAGUUCACACCGGAGAAAAGCCUUACAAAUGUCCCGAAGAAAACUGUGAUAAAGCAUUCAAAACGUCAGGGGACCUGCAAAAGCAUGUGAGAACACACACAGGGGAACGCCCAUUUAAAUGUCCAUUUGAGGGCUGUAAUCGGUCAUUCACAACAUCCAAUAUACGAAAGGUACAUAUCCGUACCCACACAGGAGAGCGACCUUAUGUGUGUCAAGAGGAGGGCUGCGGACGAGCUUUUGCUAGUGCCACCAAUUACAAAAACCAUAUCCGCAUACAUACAGGAGAGAAGCCAUAUGUAUGUACUGUACAUGGCUGUGGAAAGAGAUUUACUGAGUACUCCAGUCUGUACAAACAUCAUGUGGUACACACCCACUCCAAGCCUUACGUGUGCAACCAUUGUGGAAAAACAUACAGACAGACAUCUACUCUGGCCAUGCAUAAACGCACUGCUCAUGGAGAGGACAUCUCACCUGAAAAUGAGGCUCAAUUACUGGUUCAACACCGAAACCCAGCAGAUGAUGAAGAUGAACCGCCAGAAAAACGGGCAAAGUUUCAGUAUGCCUUAUCAACACCAGAUGGCACAGUAUCUCAGGAGGAUGCAACCAUGGCGAUAACAACAUCAGAGGCCCAACAAGCUCAGAGUUCACUGAUGGGUGGUGCCACUGUCUUAGGUACAGAGGAACAGGCCGUUGUUUCCAUACAGCAGACCCAGACAACAGCAGCUCAGCUUCUAGGCCAACUACAGCAACAGCAGCAGCAACAGCAGGGUGUGGCAACUAUCACUGUGGGAGACCAGGGCCAGCAGGUUUAUGUUAUAACUGAUCCAGCUCAGCUAGAAGCUCUCCAGCAACUGGCACAACAGCAGUUAGAGGGCCAUGACACACUAGAUGGAGGUGCUAUUCUAGGUCAAGAGGUGGUCCAGUCUGCUGCGGAAUGCAUCAAUGUGACUGAUGUCCAACAUGUUACUAUGUCCUUCCAAUGAAAACAGCGAUGAUUUGAUUGUGACAAAGUGAUAUGAUGCAGUGAUAGCAUUAUGUCGUGAUUUAAGAGUAACACAUUGAACUGUCCUGUGAUCUGUGCUUAAGGUUUAGCAAUUACCCAUAUGUGGUGAUCAUGUUAUUAUUAUGAACAUGUUAAGAGUUACCAGGGUGAUGUAAGGAUCAUGUUAUAGUUACCAUGGUGAUAUGAUGAUAAAAUCAUAGUCACUAUGGUGAUGUAAGGAUCAUGUUAUAGUUACCAUUGUGAUAUGAUGAUAAAAUCAUAGUCACUAUGGUGAUGUAAGGAUCAUGUUAUAGUUACCAUGGUGAUAUGAUGAUAAAAUCAUAGUCGCUAUGGUGAUGUAAGGAUCAUGUUAUAGUUACCAUGGUGAUAUGAUGAUAAAAUCAUAGUCGCUAUGGUGAUGUAAGGAUCAUGUUAUAGUUACCAUGGUGAAGUAAUGAAAAUGUAAUUGUUACCAUGGUGAUUCAAGGAUAAUGUUAUAUACCGUAUAUUUACCACCAUGAUAUAAGGUUCAUGUUAAUGUUACCAUGGAGGAUAUAAAAUAUAAUUUUAUAUUUACCAUGUAGUUGUCAUGGUGAUGAAAAAAUAAAAUUAUAACUGCCAUGGUGAUGUAAGAAAAUAUCAUAGUUACCAUACUGAUGAAGGUGUCAUGUUAAAGUUACCAUUGUGAUCUUGAAACACUACUCUAGUUAUCAUUUGAGUGUUAAUCCAGUUGUAUGCUAUAUUUGGCAUGGCAGAAUUAAAAUAUUGGAAGAAUAGGUUUUCAAUUUCUAUGAGCAUAUAAAGAUCUUGUAGCUAUCAAGGUGAUGAAACAACACUGCUUAAAGUUUAUCACUUUGUGAUUAUGUUAAUGUACAAAGUAAACUAUUCACCUGCCCAUAUCCUAUUUCAAAUGUGACAUAAAAACUGGAGUGCAGUUUCCAUUAAGAUGAUAGUUUUUGCUGACGUGACAAGAAGUGCCUGGAUGUAACAUCAAGAAAGCAGUGGCAAAUCAUUGGUCGUCUGUCCGUCCAUCAUUAGUACUUUCUUUGAAAUGAUUGCUUAUCAAGAACCAUAAGACCUUCACUUAUAUAUAAGGUCACUUAUGUUAAAUGUGUUCAAAAUUCUAUAACAAUUACCAUGGGGAUACAAGGGUGAUAGCAUCAGUAUGAGGACUGUAGGACAAUACAGUUGAAGAUUGUCAGUUUUGUUUGAACUAUUGAACUCGAUCUAAAUUCAAGGUUAUGGAGAUCAAGUUACUAAUCUGUUCUGAUGACUUCUGAUAAACCAAAGAACAUACAGUAAUGCUAUUUAUAUUUAACUUGCAUCAGGUUAUGUCUUUAACUGUAGCUGGAAGGGAUUGGUGAUUCAAUAUAGGCGGAAGCAGGUGAUUCAAUCCUGUAAGAUGGUUCUAGUCUAGGGCAAGGGCUGAAUUUGGUAGCCAUGUUUGAAAUAUAUAUUUGCCAAACAUCAUUGGGAAUGAUUGAUGUACAAAAUGUAGAUUCUCUAUGCCUUUUGUUUACUUAUUUAAAAUGUUCUCAAAUUUCACCUUAUGCUGUGUCUAUUUAAUAAAAGUGAAGUUAGGUUCUCCAACAAUUGAUAUAUAUAUACAUGAAUGUAUAUGUAGACAUUUUCGGAUACAUCUGUCUGAUCUACAUUUAGAUUCAGAGACAGGCAAUCUGAUUAAAAUCAGCUGUUACAUGGUUCAGGUUAGUACGUAGUAAACGUAGCCAUGUUACAGCUGAUUUUAAUCAGAUUGAGACACGGACAUGCUCAAAUAUACCUACCUGACUGGUCACCAUGCAUGUUAAUUCUUCCAUCAGUAAAUGAUUGGUUAAAUUGUUUUACUUAAUAUUAAACAGCACAGCCUUGUCAAAUACAUACCGAACAAAACAGCACAGCCUUGUCAAAUACAUACCGAACAAAUUUGAGUAUAUUAUUUGAUGUAAUAUAUCAUCUUAAACGUGGCCUUAACACUAUUUGCUUUCGAAUAUUUUCUAGAGUUUUGAACAUAUAGAAUGCACUGUAGCAGCUAGAAACUGCGGUAAAAUGAAUAUCGAUCACAAUUUUUGUGCCCAGACCAAAGAAAAUUGAUUCUUCAUUGCAGCAGGUAAAUAAUAAGAAAACGCUCACCUUGUCUUUUUCGAGUCAAGUACUCCUCUUUUCUAUGUGAGUUUGAUUCAUAAACAUAUUUGUUUAUUACCAACCCAUAUCAUUUACUUUGAACAAAGUCUUGAUAUAUUGAUAUUAAAGACAGAUAUUAGGAGGUAUAUUGUAAUGUAGCUAGACAAGAUAAUACACAAAUAGUGCAUUUAGUCUUCAUCAUGUUCUCUCAUUCCCUCCUAAUAUUUUGUCAAUUUUUCAAUUUCUGUGUAGAUAACCAAAUUUUUAGGUAAAACUCUAGCAUUUUUGUAUUGGGGGGAUUUUAAUUUCACAAAAUAUCUGGAGAUAUUCCAUGUACAGCAAUAGUUAGUAUUGAAAAGAUCAACAGUUUGAUAGGUCUUCCGAGUUUCAUGAAUUUAGCAAUGGAAAAACAGUUGAUAUAAAUCUUCCCACACCAGACAUUUAUAUGCAUUUAACAUCUAUAUAUAGAACAGCCUUCCAGCGACAGUGGUUAACUUACCACAGUCAUUUAAUUUUAUACUAGAAUUAAUUGGAUGAAUAUUGGAAAAUGAAGGGAUACUACCAGCAUAUAAAUUUCUUUGAACCCAUCAGAAACGGACUACAAGUCCGACACAUUAACAAAUUGAACAAAAUAUGCACAAGGUAUUGGUAACGCCAGAAAUGAAUCGACCGACAUCAGAAAGACUUGGGUAUCAAAUUUAGUAGACCAGUAGGUCCAGAUUUAAAAUUAACUCGUAGGUAAAAUAGAAAUCUUCUUUGCUAUACCAGUGUAUUUCGGAAUUAUGAAAUAUAUUUUAGCAUAUUGUGUAGAAAAUCUUUGUAGAAAAUCUUUCUGUAUACGCAUUAUUUAUUUGUUUAUAAUCACAAUAGUCCUGCUAAUUUCCACUGGUGAAUCUCCGGUAUCGUUAAGACCGGGAAACUGAUAUUGUCUUAUUAGUUUUGAAUAUUGCUAUUGCAUGAUGUUGAUAGUUAAAUUGUUUCACUUAGUUAAAAAGUUUUGAAUUAAUGAUUAAUAUGUUCAUUAUGCAUGCAAUUAAAUUGUAUGUGGAUACAUUUGUUAAAAUUAAAUUAUAUAUUUGAUAUAAA